AUGAGUGGGAUCAAAGAAUUUUUUCUUGCCACGUAUACAUCUAUACGAUCACGUAUAGACAAUGUUUUCCAUUUAACAACUAACAACACAAAAAAGCAGUCACCAAUCAACAUCCGUCUUUCAUCCAUUCUAAGGAGAAGUAAUCCACUGAGUGUGCAAAGCGAACCUGCCGUUCAAACUGGUGAAGACAACGCUUACAGACCGGCGCACAUCCUGACUACUCCACAGCUCGCUGCUACUCACGGUCGGAUUAUCGAAACUCACGUAACGUACACUUUGGAUGGUUAUAUCCUAACUUUACACCGUUUGUGUUCCAAUAAAGUCUUUGAGAAAACUGACGACCAAAGUAAGAAGCGGAUAAUCUUGCUUCAUCAUGGGCUACUAGGCAGCUCAGCAGAUUGGAUACUACUUGGACCGAAAAAGGCAUUACCGUAUAUUUUAUCCGACGAGGGCCACGAUGUUUGGAUGGCAAAUGCCAGAGGUAACUACUACUCGCGCGCUCAUGUUAGUUUGAACCUUAACUCCGAUGAAUAUUGGAACUUUUCCUGGCAAGAGAUCGGUGAACGUGAUCUACCGGCUAUAUUAGAUUACAUAAGGAAGACGAGAAACAGCACCGAACCGAUUGAUUACAUCGGUCAUUCGAUGGGAGCGACGGCCUUAUUGGUCUUGCUUUCAGUUGAACACAACUAUAAUAGAUACAUUAGAAUUGCUUUCUUACUUGCUCCGCUAGCAUUUAUGGCACACACCCGCGGCCCCAUGGAGCUGAUGGCAACAAUGGAAGCAACUUGGAUUAUAAAUCUCUUGGGCACAAGAGAAUUCGCACCUAAUAGACGUACCCACGUACCCGGAAAUUACUCCGACUUCAUAUCUAAAUUGUGUAACGAUUUAGAUGUAUUUUGUCACAAUCCAUUAUUUUUUCUUGCUGGAAGUCCUUUGCAAGAAGGUACAAGAACGGUCGAGUCGACUGAACAACUCCAGGAAUAUAUCCCUGCCGGUGGAUCCUCGAAAACAAUCAUUCAUUAUCUGAUGUUGAUUGCCAGUAAAAAAUUUCAUCAUUAUAAAAGACCUGACUGGCAGUUUAAAUUAAAAUACAUAAGCACUCCUAUACUUAUUUUAAGUUCAAAUGACGAUUUAAUAUCGAACGAGACGGAUAACCAGAUGCUGUAUCUUUCUAUUUUGAAUCCAAUGGGUCAUAUCAUAAUUAAAGAUCAAAAUUUUAGCCACACUGAAUUUGCUUGGGGUUUCAAUGCGGACUUACUAAUUUAUCAUAAGAUUAGAGAUUUGAUUGAGCUGGGCCCUGAUGUUAUAACAACGUAAUAAAUGAC